AUGUCAACCCCUCCGCCUCCAGACCCAGAUGCUCCCCUCACGGGCGCUGCUCGCUCCGUGAACCGCCAAGGACUAAUCAUAAUCGUCUGGAUAUGCUUCACCAUCGCUACACUCUUCGUAUCACUACGACUAUUCGUUCGCUGGCAUCAGAAUCGGCGCUUCCUUGCAGAUGACUACUGGAUUACAUGGGCGUGGCUAUGCACUCUUACCAUGGCUAUACUGCAGACUGAGCAGAUGGAUCCUCUGUGGUAUAUGACUUACCUCCAGGCCGGUCGCAUCGCCUACGAUCCAAAGGAGCUAGAGUUCCAACGCAGUCAAAUCACGCGAUGGCAAUUCCCUAUCAUCAAGCUGUUUUGGAUCAUAUUAUGUCCUCCUUCUAACUACUUCCAUGGUAACUGUGAUUCUCCGCGAGAACAAUGGAGACAGUCCUUCAACGUCAUUUUCUCAACGACCGUCGACGUUGCAACCGACCUCAUGAUCAUGGCGCUUCCGAUCGCAGUACUUCCCUCUCUACAGCUCGACAAGAAGAAGAAAAUCGGGCUUGGAAUUGCCUUUUCUCUGGGUAUAAUCAUCAUCUGCGUCGCCAUUGUACGCAUGUCACAAGUCAUCGUUGGAAAAAAGGUCGAUCUCGUUGGACUAGCUAUCUGGGGUGCCGUAGAAACAGCAACCGCUCUUGUUGUCGGUUCACUACCAGCACUCAAAGGCUUACUUACCCGAGGCAUCAAGAAGUAUGCGACAUCGAGGAGUGGUAGGACGGAUCCAGCUGAUUACGACAGCCGAAGUUCUCAACGUCGGCGAGGCCAUGGCUCAGCAAUGACGCCUCGGGCUAUUGUGGUUUCUGACUGCAUCCCUCUUGAUGAUCUCCAUCGCAGUGGACAAGUCGAUGGAGGUAUAUAUGUACACAAAACAUUCACGACUGCUACGACAAGGGAUGAUAGUUCUUCUCAGGGUGAAGGGGAUGAAGCAGCUAUAGUGAGAGCAGCACCAAGAUAG